CUACUAGUAGUCAUUCCAAUAAUGCCCUUGUUAAAUGGCAAAGUGCCACAUGAGCUAUUAAAGACAAAGCCCAAACCAAACAGAGAGUACUUUGUGAUAAGGUUCACAAAUGAACACUUUAAGAAGUAUAGUGACUACUUGGAUCACAUGGACAAGUAUCGUUUACGACAAUGGACCUGUUCCAUCACAAACAAGACAAACCUUACAUACGAGGAGGCUUUGAUGUCCGAGAAGAAAGCCAUCGACAAGGUGUCAAAGUUCUCAGAGGUCCUGCUUCCUCAUUGUCUGAGGAUGAUACAAUACAAGGAUUCUAACCUGGAUGAUCUGCGUGAUACAAUCUAUGACCAUUUCAAUAGCAACUACUUCCCCCAAGAGAUGAUCACCUUCAAAGCAGAGGGGACCAAAUAUACGGGCAGGAUAUUGUCAUUGGUAUCAAGCAGCUCAUCAUCAUCGUCGUCUGAACUUGAGAGUAAGAACAACAAGUCAGCAACCUCAUCAUCAUCAUCAACGUUAUCGACCAAAUCCAAUGGUGCAACCUCCUCAAAGAGUACAAGGAAAUCAAAGCUCAGUGAGAUUAAUCUCAAACGAAAGUCAGAUGACUCUGCUUCUGGUGUCAAUGACAUUGACAACAGCUCUGAUGAUGAGUCGAGGAAGAGGAGAAAGCCAUUGUACCCCAUCGAGGACAACGAGGUUGACAGGACGACCGAUGAGGCCGCCUCUUCCUGUCCUAUACCUUCAUGCAACUUUAUCAGUUCCACGGAGAUGUAUGGUGAUCUUUUGAUGACUUGGCACUUCCUGAACCAGUUUGAAAAGGUUCUACAGCUCUCCCCCUUCAGCAUCGAGGACUUUGAAUCGGCUCUUCAACACUCGAGUGAGACAACAUUGUUGGUGGAGACACAUAUACGACUACUCAAGCUGGUGUUUGGUCUGUCCAUCUACAGUCAUGGUACACCAAAGAAGCACUUUAGCAUCAAGAUGCUGACCGAUCGCAAUUGGCUCACUCUGCUCAAGGUGUACUUCUCCUACGAGUCCAGGAGAUUGGAGCUAGAGGAGAAAAAGAAGGCAGACAGGAAGAAGCAGUUGGCCGAGCAGAAUGACAAGAUGAUGUGUUUGGCAAGCGACAUUCCCAAUGAUGACGAAGGAGACAUUAGCGAGGAGGAGCUGAAAAAGAAGGAGCAGGACUUUGAGGAUAGAAUGGAAAGGUCAAAGGCAGCGAUGGAUGGGGAGGAGGAGGAGGAUGAUGGUGACAUUGAAAUGGCCGAUGAUGAUGAGGUUGCGCAUGAUGAUGACGGAGAGGCAAUCUUGCAAGAGGAUGAUGAGAGUUCCGAACCCUCCAAUAUCAUCAGCUCCAACGAUCCAGACAAUAUCAUCAGAGUUCUGAGGAAAAGGAACUAUUUCCGUCUUAGAGUGGAUGAGAAGCUGCACAUCCUUUCCUACCUGGUCAUGCAGGCUAUACAGUCCGACAGGAUCAGACGACAUUUGGACGAGAUCACAGAGUUUGCUGGAGAGAUCAGACAGGAGAAGAGGGAGUUGGUUCUAGAGGAGAGAAAGAUCAAGAAGGAGGAGGACCAGCAAAUGCAAGAGAAUGCCGCCGCUGUAAAGAAGGGCAAGAAGGGUGUCGAGCUUGGCAAGAUUCAAAAGAAAGAGGAGAACUUGGAUCAGCAAUUGGUCAAGUAUUCUUCGAGGCUGGAGCCACUUGGUCAAGAUAGGGACCACCACAAGUAUUGGUACUGGACACAGCUACCGGGACGAAUCUACAUCGAGCACACCAAGGGUGACUGGGCCUACUUCACAAGUCGCCAGGAGUUGGAUGAUUUAGUCCAAUACCUUGACAACAGAGGUGUCCGUGAGCGUAAGCUGUUGACCGCGAUCAAACUAAAGUAUGAUGUCAUAUCAACAGCCAUCGAGCAAAAGACGCAACAGAUCACCGCACAGCUUGCACUUGAGUCGAAACGGUCGGCCAGGAUAAAGGCUAUCUAUGGAGACAGAACCUAUGUUGGUUACACUAACAAAUAU